UGCUUCACUACAACCGUUAAAACAAUGUCAGAUCAUAGUGUGUAGAUAUAUAUUAAUAAAUCGUACUCAUUAUGUAACAAAAAUAUGUUGUAAAUUAUUAAGUUAUAUAUUAUUUUGCACCAAAAUACAUUUCCUAAAACAUCCUUUGACAGGCGGAACGAACAACACUUAGGUGUAAUAUUGGGGACCGGAAAAUGGAUGCACCAGGUUAAAUGUGAAGGGGACCAGCAUAUCUGCUGUGUGUGUUAUUAAUAUGGCACCAGGGUUUAGACUGAAAUGUGGACUUUUAAACGCUAGGAUUUUAUUUUGCACUAAAAUAUGUCCACAUAUCGCACGUUCUCCAACACGUACAGAGGUCAUGUGCUUGAGAGCGUCAACACAUUCAGCCUCACAACACGACGAGAAAUACUGUAUUGAUCUUGUAAGAUUGCGUGAUUAUGAAGGGUUUAUGAGUUCUUUGCUUCUUCCAGAGGCUGCUCGUCGCUCCUCUUUUGCUCUGAGGGCUUUUAAUGUGGAACUGGCACAGGUAAAGGACUCUGUGUCUCAGAAGACCAUUGGUCUGAUGCGAAUGCAGUUUUGGAAGACCGCAGUGGAGGACAUUUACAGAGAUGAGCCUCCGGUGCAGCCUGUUAGUGCAGAGUUGUGGAGGGUUGCACAGUUGCACUUUAUGUGGCUAAGACUUGUGUGCAGUCUAGCCAGCAUCGGUGGGGUGUGCAGUCCAGCCAGCAUCGGUGCGGCGGUGAGAAAACAUAAACUGACUAGAAGGUGGCUGUUGAGAAUCAUAGCUGAAAGAGAAAAUGAUAUGGACGACAGAGCAUACAGGAAUCUUCAGGAGCUGGAGUCAUAUUCAGAGAACACCCAGUCGUCUCUCCUCUACCUCCUGCUGGAGACUUUAGGAGUGAAAGAUGUCCAUGCAGACCAUGCUGCCAGCCAUAUCGGUAAAGCACAUGGAAUUGUGACAUGUCUGCGAGCCACACCGUACCACAGCCAGAGACGCAGGGUCUAUCUCCCCAUGGACAUCUGCAUGCUGCAUGGCGUCUCUCAAGAGGACUUCAUCCGUGGCAGCAGGGAGCAGAAUGUCAGGGAUGUUGUGUAUGACAUUGCCAGUCAAGCUCAUGUUCAUCUCCAACACGCAAGAUCGUUCAGUAAAACUGUUCCGGAUGCUGCCAUGCCUGCUUUCCUUCAAACGGUUGCUAUUGAUGAUUUCCUGGAGAGAGUUAGGAAAGUAGACUUCAACGUUUUCCACCCCAGCCUCCAGAGGAGGAAUCCGCUGAUGCCCAUUCAACUUUAUUUCCGAUCAUGGAAAAAAAAAUACUGAUGUUUCAUCAGAAGUAGCUCCUCUAAUUUACACUGUUUUGUUCUUCCUACCACUGCCAAGCCACACAAUGACUUCCUGUGGUACAGGAAAUAUCUACAGUAUAUAGAUGUAAAACAGCUAAAAAAUAAACAUUUCAGAUUGUAUGCUAUGUUUUCUUUAGACGACAUUUAAAAAGAAUUUAAUCUUUGCACUGCAAAGAAAUUCAUUAACAGUCCAAAUUAGUAAUGACAACAGGAUAAUAAUAUAGAGUGCUGUAUCUGCCCUGUCUAUGACAAUGAACUGUUUGAUAUUCAACACAAAAUGUUUGUCUAAAUUACACAGUACAGAGAAAACUCCAAAGUUCAUGCACCUCUAAGCAUAGUUUGUACAGUAAACAGGUUUUGAAAUUU